AGGUGUGAGGACUCCAACCAGACUCCUCCAGACACCAGAGGAGAGAGAUGCAGCAGAGCCUGAGAGCUACAACCACCCAGAGCACCCAGCUCAGUCCGGGGUCCCCCAGCACCCAGGGGCCCUGACACCCUCUAUGGCCUGAACCCCACAACCCAGCAGCAUCUCCACCCUGCCCCCCCUCACCAUGAGACUGCUGCCCCUCAUCAGCUGCUACCUCUGCAUCCUGCCAGGAGUCCUGGGGGCUCAGGGAAAAUUCGCCUACAAACUGAUGAACGAUUUAUUUGCCAACUACUCCAACGCUCUGCGCCCCGUGGAGGACAUGGACAAGGCGAUGAACGUGACGCUGCAGGUCACCCUGUCACAGAUCAUAGACAUGGACGAGCGGAAUCAGAUCCUCAUGGCUUACCUGUGGAUCCGGCAGGUUUGGUUUGACGCCUACCUGCGCUGGAAUAAGGAGGAUUACGAUGGACUCGAUACCAUCCGUAUACCUAGCAGUUAUGUAUGGAGACCAGAUAUAGUCCUAUAUAACAACGCUGAUGACCAGUUCACAGGCUCAAUGGAAACUAACGUAGUGAUCAGAUAUGAUGGGCAAAUCAUGUGGGACUCUCCGGCCAUCACCAAAAGCUCUUGUAAAGUGGAUGUCUCCUUCUUCCCAUUCGAUGGUCAGCAAUGUCGCUUGACCUUUGGCUCCUGGACGUAUAAUGGAAAUCAGAUUGACAUCCUGAACCACCUGGACACGGGGGAUCUGACGGACUUUGUGGAGAACGUUGAGUGGGAGGUGCUGGGAAUGCCAGCCAAGAAGAACGUGAUCACCUAUGGCUGCUGCUCGGAACCAUACCCCGAUGUCACCUACACCCUAAUGUUAAAGAGGAGGGCUUCAUUCUACAUCUUCAACCUUCUUCUUCCUUGCGUGAUGAUCUCUUUCCUGGCACCGCUAGGUUUCUACCUCCCAGCAGACUCUGGAGAGAAGGUGUCUCUGGGUGUCACCGUCCUCUUAGCCCUCACUGUGUUCCAGCUGCUUGUGGCUGAGAGCAUGCCACCAUCCGAAAAUGUGCCACUCAUCGGGAAAUAUUACAUCGCCACCAUGACAAUGAUCACGGCCUCCACAGCCCUGACCAUCUUCAUAAUGAAUAUUCACCAUUGUGGCCCAGAAGCAAAACCCGUCCCCAAAUGGGCAAAGAAAUUUAUUUUACAAUAUAUGUCACGGAUAUUCUUUGUGUAUGAGGUAGGGGAAAGCUGCAGAAGACCGAAACCUGAGGCUGAGAAAGCCCCCACCGUACAGGUCAUAAAUGGACAAGCCAAACGGGAGGACCCAGGAGCCAUACUGAAAAACUGUCAAGAGGGCGACCUCAAGGGAUCCACCACCAAGGAAGGCCUGAACUGGGGGCAGGAAAAUGCUUCAAGUAAUGGCCACGGUGCAUGGAAGGAACCUGGAAAGUAUGAGAACCAGUCUGGGGGUGGGAAAGGCCAUGGGUUCAGUGAGUGCCCCAAGAGCCAUUGCCUGUGCCACAAUGAGCGCCUGCUGAAAAACAUUGAAUAUAUGGCCAACUGCUUCAGAGAGCAAAAGGCAGCGCAGAAACGGACUGGGGAAUGGAAGAAAGUGGCCAAGGUGAUGGACCGGUUCUUCAUGUGGGUGUUCUUCAUCAUGGUGUUCUUUAUGAGUGUGCUUAUUAUGGGCAAAGCCAUCUGAGAUAUGUCGUCUAAGGUUAAAGCUUCUUCAAUCAUCAUGGGUCCAUAAUGUCCAUUCUGUCCACCCGGCCUGGCUAGGUAAUGUGUAUACCAUCUUGUCCAAGCUCCACAUCAGUGCCCGCGCAGACAUGUCAUACUUGUAAAGGGCUGGGGUAAUGACCGGCAAAACUAGAGAUACAUUCUCCAUAGAAAACAUUUAGGAGGUCAAAGGUUCUCCAGCCGUUACCUGUCUACAGGUUCAAGUAUGAUGGUUUUUAGAACAUUGGUUUUAUAUUAAAACCUCAUGGCCAUUAUUAGUCAGAAGGAGCUAAGUAUAAGUGUAUCAACCACAGAUGGAUAUUGUCCAUAGAGAAGACUAAAAACAGUUCUUUAGGUGAAGUGCUGGUUCCCAUAGGUCUUGCUCAUGACGGACAACCACUGAAUGCACUUGUUAUGGGCAAAUAUAUUGUGUGUAAAAACAGAAGGGCAACCAAUAGACAAGUAUGAUCAACAGCUCAUUAUACCCUCCAUAACCAUACAUCUUCCACAGAUAUUGUUUAUACAGCCAAUACACAGCUUGUGGGCUUAGACUGGUAGCCAUACUGUAACACUCACGGUUAGAAGACAGGAACACUGGAGGUACUGGAUCCACUGGACAUGCAUGGCAGAUGACACGGGCCGUGCCAGGGAGCGGAGUCUAAGGUGCCGCAGGUUUUCACUAGAGCCCACCACAAAGCAGGUUAGUCUUGCUGUGGCAGGCGGCACCCAGGUCGCUACCCCUGGCAUGACUCGACCACACAGGCGGCUGAGGAGAUUCAAGGCACAGGAGCGAUACAGCAACUCGUAGUCAGGGUAGCAGAAGGUCAGGGCUGGCAACACAGGUGCGUAGUCAGGAAUGUAGCAGGAGGUCAGUAGACAAGGGGGUCAGAUACACGGCAAGGCAAGACUUAGUAACGCUUUCUCAAUGGCACAAGGCAACAAAGAUCUGGCAGGAAUGUGUGGGAGAUGCAGGAAUUUAGAAGUGAGGCACAGGUGUUAGACUUAAUUAUGGGAGUGCCCUUUAAUUCUUAUAGCUCCGGCGUGCGUGCGCCCUAGGAGAUGGGGACACGCACGCCGGAGCUGAGAGGCAGGGGAGGAGACAGCAGUGGACCGUGGUGAGUGACGGGCUGGGAUUCGCAUGUGGGCGCAUCCCGCGAUGCGAAUCUCAGCCCCGCCGGCUGGAGGAGAGAGCGGGGCAAUGCGCUCACGGCCAUCGUGUGCGGCCGGAGCGCAAACCGUAACACAUACACUUCCAAACCCUCCAAAGUUCCCCUCCAAAAAAAACUUUUUCCAUCUAUAUGUCUCUACCCCCCUCCAGACUCUUCAGUAGAUCCUCCAGAUUCCUCUAUGCUCUCCAAACCCAUCUGUCCUCUCCAUACUCUGUUCUCUCUAGAUCCAUCUAUCUCCACAUCACUCCUUAGUACUCUCCAGACCCCUCUUUCUCAUUUAGACUACUAUGUUUGUUCCAGACUCCUCUGUCUUCCUCUAAAUCCCCCUGUCCUCCUCCUGUUCCUUCUGACUCCUCCAGACCCCUAUAUUCUCCGCAGGCCCCUAUGUAACCUCCAGAUUCUUCUCCAGACUCUUCCUUCCUCUACAGAUCCUUCUUUCUCCUCCAUAUUUCUCCAGUUCCAUAUUGUUAUAACUUUAUCUCCAAUAUAGUAUAGGGGAGAGCUAUUAGUUCUCUAGUCCCACCAAAAUCAUCAGGUUCACGCACAACGUUUAAGGGUAUGGUAAACAUUCUAGAGCAGAUUAGGUAAUUGUCCAACCCUCCGGCCCUCCUGGAGUCUACAGACAUCACUUGAUAUACAUUGUAAUGGAGGAAGGUUCCCAGUCAUUUUGGACUCACAGAUUCCAUAGCUUUGGACAAUCCAUGACCACAUUAUUCUUCAUUUCAUCCAAUACCGUUCUGAUGAUCCUAUAUGUAUGUAUGAUCCUGUACAUGUUCCGAGGCCAUCGAGGGUGUAUAUGGAAUAAUAAAAAUACAUUGUCCAAGUCUCUGA